CCUGCCGGGACGUCCGCAGUUGGAGGACAGUGGCUGGCGGGCAGUUGCGGUGAGGCCGGGCAGCGGAGGUCCGUGCGGGCGCGUUCGUGCGAGCCGCCAACUGCCAACCGGGUCGUCUCAACGGUACCUGGCGGCUGCGGAUGUAACGCGGACAGCUGCCGGCGUUUCUGCGGGGCCGACUUUCAACCCCGCCGGAUUAUUUUCUCUCUCGACUAUUUUUGUCUGGUGAAUCAUCAAGCUGCUAUUUCCCCAGUACGCGCGCGGAACGUAUUUCCCCUUCGAUUCGUGCUGUGUUCUUUGUAAUGUUACGUCGCAGCUGUCAAAAGUAUCGUCGAAAUACUUCUGAGCUACUUUUAAAAUUUGUGUGCUACUACUGAACUUGUGAACUAUAAAUAUUUGAAGAGGAGUGAUUCACGCCGCAGUGGAUGCCAUCUCACCACAUUUCCAUAUUCAUGAAAAAAAAAUUAUCCUCAAGAGAAGUGCAAAGUGGAUAUAUUUCGUCGUAUUACGUUGCGAGUUCAUCAAAUCUGUGCAACGCGUCACAAUAACAACUAAAUCUGCCAAGUCGGUGAUGUACCCAAACUACUAUUUCCGACGGUAGUAAUUCUUUUCCACGAGUUUCGCUUAUGUUCCCUUGACGUUGCCACAAUAAAAAUAGUCGACGCAUCCUGAUAAUUCUACGAAAUACUAUUGAGUAACGAUACUAAUUUCUCUUUCAUUAAUUCGUUUUAAACUUACGAAUAAAGCUACAUAACAACGGUGUAAAUAGUUCUUUAGCAAAGCCUGACUUACUGUAAUCAACUUGUUGCUUAGCACUAAUUAAAGAGUUGAAAGAUAACAGAAGUAAUUGAGAGCAGCUUCCGUAGAUAUGACAUACAGCCACAAAGAUGCACGGUGAAAGCAAAAAUAGAUGAUAGCUGUAAUAUUUUGGUACUAACACUUGAAAUAGGAGUACCACGUGUGGAAGUGUCAAGAGCUCAUCUUUACGAUGUACUGCGUUUCAAAUCAUCUGUAGAACGAAGCCAGGAAAAAAUAAAAUAAAUUAUCAAGUAACCUCGUCUGUCCUACCACAUGUUUGGAACUGUUGUGGGCCUUCGUAUUGCCCAUAUUUAUUCUGAAUAUGCUAAGGCGAGGAGUGGGCAAACGUACUUCAACUCUCGCUUCCUACCGCGUAGAUAGUAUACAAGUUGCGAGUGCUGUACGCUGUGUUGCCUCUUAUGUCGCAUUCCCUCUGGAGUGAACAUCGUCGAAAUUCCCUAUCAAAAAAUUAUGUCCAAACAGUCGUAAAUGUUAUGAGAGUUGGAGUGUUCCAGAAGGCGGCGAGCGAAUUAGAAGUACAACUGGACCCGAGUGUUUGUGGUUCCAUCUGGAAGUUAGCGCAGCAGGUACGUCGAUCCCGCCGUUCACUGAAGCUCUGUCGAACGUGGUCGCAUUUCGUGGUGUAUUCUGCAGACGGGCGAAUCUUCUCUUACCACGGCCAUCCGUCUCGAAUGUCCAGGCUGUAGCAAGUCGACGGGAGACGGCGAUUUUCGACGAGUAGUUUUCGGGGCAUCGAAAGUAUACAGAGUGAGGUGCAUUAAAAUUGUUUACAAAUUGAUUUAGUCGGUGUGUAGAAGAGCGAGAUUUUGUGUCGUGUGUAUCAUAAUCUCAGCACAUAAGGAGUGUAGCAGCGAUAUCUGUCGACCACAACUGAUACACUUACCGUACGCUAUACCCCUACUGUUAUCACGAGUUAAAUGUUGAGCGAAGUUCUCUUCUGCUCUAAAGUGGUAAUCGGUGCAGUAAAUCGAAUCGUUACUGUCAUUUGCUGUAACCGUAUGUGAAGUGUUCAAUAAAAUUCUCUUCUACAGUAAAUUCUGCGUGGGAGUUAACAACACAUAACUGUGGUACUGGUCGAAGUUCGCCGCGGCGACUAGAACACGGGACACAGUUUCGCGUGCCGGCAUCGACAAAAGAAUAAAUCGUGUGAAAUUUUGAAUACUGUAGCGCAGUCUGGAUCGGUGUAUUUAUUUAGUGUAGUGUGCUGUGACUCGGAAACUGUGGCAAGUGUAGUGUGUCACCGUAGCCGAGUGUGGCUGUGAUGGAGGGGCCGCGCGCGUAGUGCCAGCGCGGGAUGGGCUUCUCGUCGGCGGCCGUGGGCGGGCGCGUGUCGGCGCAGCACGAGGCGCUGGCGGCGCGCCAGGAGGCCGAGCUGCGGCUGGUGGACGCGAUGCGCCGCUGCCUGGCCGCCAAGGUGCGCGCAGACCGCGACUACGCCGGCGCACUGCAGGCCGCCGCCGCCGCGCACGCCGCCAAGGCCGACGACCUGCCCGCCGACAGCCUCGUCGCCAAGGCGUGGCGGGCCAUGAUGGAGGAGAUGGAGGCUGCGGCCAAGACGCUGCGCCAGAACGCAGAGGUGGUGGAGAGCCAGUCGCUGGACGCGCUCAACAACAUCUACGCCGAGAAGCGGCGCGCCCGCAAGCAGUACAUGGAGGACUACAACAAGAUCGUCUCGCAGUUCUCACAGCUGAUGGAGGAGGUUUCCCGCAAGAAGACGGAGUACCAGAAGUACCUGGAGCUGUACAAGCUGAUGCGGUCCAGGUUUGAGGAGCACUACGUCAAAGCGGGCCGCGGCGGGCGCAAGCUGGACGAGGUGCGGGACAAGUUCCAGAAGGCGUGCCGGCGGCUGCACGCCACGCACAACGAGUACGUGCUGCUGCUGGCGGCGGCGGCGGAGGCGGAGCGCGCGCUGGCCCACCUCGCGCUGCUGCCCGCCUGGCGACACGCCCUGCGCGCCGCCGCCCCCGCGCCCGCCCCCGCGCUCCAGGCCGCGCUCGACGCGCUCGACGACGCCGGCCGCGAGUACGACGAGUUCGCCGCCGACCCCGCCAGGUCGUCGCCGCAGGGGCCGGCCACGCCGACGCUGUCGUUCGACGACAGCCUGGUGGAGGACACGUCGGGGAAGCUGCUGCCCAACCAGCUGGCCGUGGACAACCUCACCAUCGAGAGCCUGCGCGCGCGCCUGCAGGAGCUGGAGGCGGGCGUGCGCGACAACCAGGAGCUGCAGCACCACCUCACCGCGCAGCUGCCCUCCGAGCCGGCCGCCAGGGAGCUGGUGGAGGUGCAGUGCGUGGAGCGGCGGCUGCAGCGCCAGCUGGAGAUGAUCCGCGGCGCGCUCAGCGAGCUGGGCUGCGAGGAGGCGCCCGCCGGCUGCGACCUCUCCCUCUCGCUCUCGCUGUCCGUGGAGGCCGCCCUCCGCCAGCCGCCCGCCACCAACGGCGCCGUCGCCACCGCCGCAGACGCGGACGGCGGCGCGCUCACGCCGCACGAGGCGCCCGCCACGCCCACGCAGGGAGGAGAGCGGCGCACGUCCGAGUCCACGUUCGCGCUGGUGAGGCAGCAGGUGCGCCACCACUUCGCCACUCUGCUGCGCAAACCGUUCCGCAGGAAAUCCGUGCCGUCCUCCCCCGCUGUGUCGGUGCGGGGGCUGCCCCCCUCUGCUGGUGGUGGUGGUGGUCGUGGUGGUGGUUUGCGCGGGGAGAGGGGACACAGUGAGCCGGCUGACGACAAACUGGUGCAGAGCCGGCCCCUGCAGGAGGAGGAGUGGUUCCACGGGGUGCUGCCGCGCGACGAGGUGGUGCGCCUGCUGACGCACGAGGGCGACUUCCUGGUGCGGGAGACGGUGCGCCACGACGAGAGCCAGGUGGUGCUCUCCGUCUGCUGGGGCGGCCACCACAAGCACUUCAUCGUGCAGACCACAGCCGACGGCAGCUUCAGGUUCGAGGGUCCCGCCUUCCCGACGGUGCAGGAGCUGAUCCAGUACCAGCAGCAGAGCCAGCUGCCCGUGACGGCGCGCUCCGGUGCUGUCUUGACGCGCGCCGUCUACCGCGAGCGCUGGGAGCUCAACAACGAUGACGUCAUCCUCGUGGAGCAGAUCGGGCGGGGUAACUUCGGGGACGUGCACAGAGGUAAACUGCGAAAAACUGGGAUGGAGGUCGCAGUAAAAACCUGCCGAAUGACAGUCCCCGAAGAGCACCGUCGCAAAUUCCUCCAAGAGGGGCGCAUAUUGAAGCAGUAUAACCACCCGAAUAUUGUCAGGCUGAUUGGAAUCUGUGUGCAGAAGCAGCCCAUCAUGAUAGUCAUGGAGCUGGUUCCAGGUGGCUCGUUGCUCAAGUUCCUGCGCAGUCACGAGGACGGGCUGACGCAGCGACAGCUGCUGGGGAUGUGCCGCGACACUGCUGCCGGUAUGAGCUACCUCGAGUCCCACAACUGCAUCCACCGUGACCUCGCUGCCAGGAACUGUCUCAUAGGCCAGAACAACAUAGUCAAGAUUUCGGACUUUGGCAUGUCUCGAGAAGAAGAGGAGUACAUUGUUUCUGAUGGAAUGAAGCAGAUACCUAUCAAGUGGACAGCACCAGAGGCCCUAAACUUUGGUAAAUACACGUCACUGUGUGAUGUAUGGAGUUAUGGCAUUCUCAUUUGGGAAAUAUUUUCUCGUGGAGGAGUGCCGUACAAUGGUAUGAGUAAUUCACAGGCACGUGAGAAAAUUGACAAUGGAUACCGGAUGCCGAAGCCCGACGGGACGCCGGACGAGAUGUACCGCCUGAUGCUGAGCUGCUGGGAGUACAAGCCCGAGAAGCGGCCGCACUUCGACCACAUCCUGACGGUCGUCGAGGCUCUGCACGGCGCUGCGAGGUAGAGCGUGGCCCGACUGUCACUACGGUGCCGAAAGCUGUGACCGUCAUUACGUAGUCGCCGGAGUGAAUUCGAGGAGAGCGGUCGCAGCGGUAUACUAGUCCGACCCGAGUGCCUCCGAACAGCUGGUAGAACACACCACUCUGUACUUGUCAGGUGCUAGUCAUUAAGUCUGGCUGAGAUAAUUGUGUCAACACAGUAUUAUUGUGCCAAGUUUCUCAUUUAUUUCAGAGACCUAUGUAGCCAAUCUUUGUGUAGCUAUUAACAAGUGUAAAAUAGUAUAAAGCAGCUAGUGAACAAAAUUUCUUACCUGCUGGAUAUUCAUUGUGCUAUGUGUACAGAAAUGUUAAUACUUUAAAAGUUAGUGGACUUGCUCAACAUCCUAUUCUUUUAUACUGAAAUUAUUUUACAUUACAAAUGUUUAAUCAGCCAGACAAAUUAGAGCCAAGAGACUGUUACUAAAGAAUCUCAGGAGAUUUGAAAUGUUGAGGCAGCUAAUGCUACAGUCACUGUUCAGCUUCUGUGUCAUCAUCUUUCACAUUUCUGGAAACUAGAGCUACUGUUAUGGCCGUCUGUCCCAAAAUGUCUUUUGUCUUAUUGUUAACAUUAAUUGUGUGUAAAAUAAAAUGUUAGCAUGUUAAUAUUGUAAUUCAAUAAAGAAUAACAAUAAACCGUA